AUGUGCCUCCAAAGUUUAUCUCUUCUUCUUCUCAUCUUCACUCUCUUCUUCUCUCCUGCCUUUGCUCAUAAAAAGUCCUAUAUAGUGUACUUGGGUUCUCACGCUCAUCCUCCUCACCUCUCUUCUGCACAUCUCAAUGGUGUAGCUCACGCACAUCGCACUUUUCUUGCCUCUUUCUUGGGGAGCCAUAAAAGAGCGAACGAUGCCAUAUUUUAUUCAUUCAAGAGACAUAUCAAUGGCUUUGCCGCUGUUCUUCACGAAAAUGAAGCUGCGGAAAUAGCAAAGCAUCCUGAUGUAGUCUCCGUAUUUUUAAACAAAGGAAGAAAACUGCAUACCACUCAUUCAUGGAAUUUCAUGCUCCUUGAGAAAAACGGCGUCGUUCACAAGUCUUCUCUAUGGCAUAAAGCAGGAUUCGGAGAGGACACAAUCAUCGCGAAUCUUGACACAGGUGUGUGGCCGGAGUCAAAAAGCUUCACCGAUGAAGGGUAUGGAAGUGUUCCGGCUAGGUGGAAAGGUAGUUGCCACAAGGAUGUUUCUUGCAACAGGAAACUCAUUGGAGCUAAAUACUUCAACAAAGGUUACUUAGCCUACACAGGCUUUCCCUCCAACGCCUCCUUCGAAACCCCUCGUGACCACGAUGGUCACGGUAGCCACACUCUUUCCACAGCGGCCGGAAACUUUGUUCCCGGAGCCAAUGUGUUUGGCCUCGGAAACGGGACAGCCAGUGGCGGUUCUCCUAACGCAAGAACCGCAGCUUACAAAGUGUGUUGGCCGCCUGCGAAUGGCGCAGAGUGCUUUGAUGCUGAUAUGUUGGCAGCGUUUGAUGAAGCCAUCGGAGACGGUGUUGAUGUUAUCUCGGUUUCAGUGGGCGGAGAUGCCGGAGAUUACAUGAACGAUGGCAUAGCCAUUGGAUCUUUCCACGCCGUCAAAAACGGUGUGACGGUUGUGUGUUCCGCUGGUAAUUCGGGUCCUAAACCUGGAUCUGUCUCAAACGUAGCACCAUGGAUUAUAACAGUCGGAGCUAGCUCCAUGGAUCGGGAGUUUCAAGCCUUUGUUGAGCUCAAGAACGGGCAACGCUUCAAGGGAACGAGCCUCUCGAAGCCUUUACCCGAAGAGAAGAUGUAUGACCUGAUCAAUGCAGGAGACGCUAAAGCAGCCAAUGCGUCCACGAAAGAAGCAUUGCUAUGCAAGAAAGAUAGCCUAGAUCCGGAGAAGGUGAAAGGGAAGAUUGUGGUGUGUCUAAGAGGAGACAACGCACGUGUAGACAAAGGACAGCAAGCAGCCACUGCAGGAGCUGUAGGAAUGAUACUAUGCAACGACAAGGCGAGCGGAAACGAGAUUCUUUCAGACGCUCACGUACUUCCUGCUUCUCAGAUUGAUUACGAAGAUGGUGAAGCUGUGUUUUCCUACCUAAACUCCACGAAAGAGCCCAAGGGUUACAUAAGUCCACCUGCUAGUAAGCUGAACACAAAGCCUGCUCCUUUCAUGGCCUCAUUCUCUUCCAGAGGUCCCAACACCGUCACACCGGGAAUCCUCAAGCCUGACAUAACAGCGCCUGGUGUUAACGUCAUAGCCGCCUUCACGGAAGCCACGAGCCCUACGGAUUUAGAUUCUGACAAUCGUAGAACUCCUUACAACACCGAAUCAGGGACUUCCAUGUCUUGUCCUCACAUCUCUGGCAUCGUUGGUCUUUUGAAAACUCUUCACCCUCAAUGGAGCCCUGCUGCAAUCCGCUCUGCCAUCAUGACUAGUUCAAGAACAAGAGACAACAGGAGAAAACCUAUGGUCGAUCAAUCUUUCAACAAAUCAACUCCCUUUAGCUACGGUUCAGGCCAUGUCCAACCCAAUAAAGCUUCCCACCCUGGCCUUGUCUAUGAUCUAACCACUGGAGACUACUUGGACUUCCUCUGCGCCAUUGGCUACAACAACACCAUAGUUCAACUCUUUGCCGAAGACCGACACUACAUUUGCCGCCAGGGAGCCAAUCUUUUAGACUUCAACUACCCUUCAAUCACUGUACCUAACCUCACGGACUCCGUCACCGUCACUCGCAAACUCAAGAACGUAGGACCGCCUUCAACCUAUAAUGCGCAUUUCCGAGAGCCUCUUGGAGUAAGCGUCUCCGUUGAGCCCAAACAGCUCAAGUUCAACGAGAUUGGGGAGGUGAAGAUGUUUCAGAUGACUCUCCGUCCCAAGUCAUCGAAGUCUUUAGGCUACGUGUUUGGAGAGCUUAAGUGGACUGAUUCCAAACAUUACGUUAGGAGUCCUAUUGUCGUUAAACUUUGA